GAAGGGAAGGGAAAGGAGCCGCUCUCCGUGCCGGAGCCGGGAGCUGUGGACGCCUCAGCGGGUCUGUCCGUCCUUACAGACCCCCCGGGGGGGGGGGGGGGGGGGGGAAAGGGUCUGGGUUUAAAAGAGCGGGAGCGCGGGGUCGGGUCUGCAGCGGGGAUCGCCUCUCCUGAGCCGCUUCUCCCGGCUCCGCCGCCGUUCCGGUGCUGUCAAGAGGUAGCCUGUCUUUGCAGUAUGGCUCGUCCAAGGAAAACACCCCGAGAAGGAUCGUCCGGCUUCCAGUUGGGAAAGUGAUCUUUGCGCUAGGAUGCUAGAGGAGGAAAGCAGUUCAUUCUUCUGUUGGUGCUUGUGGGCUGGCCAAUGGAAGGGAAAACAGUUCUUGCUUCUAGGGUCCAUCUAAAGGCCUGCUGAAUGAACAAAUCAAUUGCUUGAUGAGGUGCAGCUGAAAUAUUUAACGCUUCACACUUAUGCCACUGGAGAUGGAGCCCAAAGCCAACAAUCUCGUUUUCGGGUGUCAGCGAAGCUCAACAUCAGACGAUGACUCUGGCUGUGCCUUGGAAGAAUAUGCCUGGGUACCCCCAGGCCUCAGACCAGAGCAGGUCCAGCUGUAUUUCGCCUGCUUGCCAGAGGAGAAGGUCCCUUACGUUAACAGCCCUGGAGAGAAACACCGAAUUAAACAACUUCUCUAUCAGCUGCCACCCCACGAUAAUGAGGUGAGAUACUGCCAGUCUUUAAGUGAAGAAGAAAAGAAGGAACUGCAGAUGUUCAGUUCUCAGCGCAAAAAGGAGGCACUUGGCCGGGGCACUAUUAAACUACUCUCGAGAGCAGUGAUGCAUGCGGUUUGUGAACAGUGUGGUACAAAAGUAAACGGCGGUGAAGUUGCAGUUUUUGCCUCAAGAGCUGGGCCUGGUGUGUGCUGGCAUCCCUCGUGUUUUGUGUGCUUCACGUGUAACGAGCUGCUCGUUGACCUUAUCUACUUCUACCAAGAUGGGAAAAUUCACUGUGGCAGGCACCAUGCUGAACUUCUCAAACCUCGAUGUUCAGCCUGCGAUGAGAUCAUUUUUGCUGAUGAGUGUACAGAAGCUGAGGGUCGCCACUGGCACAUGAAGCACUUCUGUUGCCUCGAGUGUGAAACAAUCCUGGGUGGACAGAGAUAUAUCAUGAAGGAUGGGCGACCAUUCUGCUGUAACUGUUUUGAAUCUCUCUAUGCGGAAUACUGUGAGACCUGUGGGGAACACAUUGGUGUUGACCAUGCUCAGAUGACCUAUGAUGGACAGCACUGGCAUGCCACAGAGACUUGCUUUUCUUGUGCUCAGUGCAAGACCUCUUUGCUUGGCUGCCCUUUCCUUCCAAAGCAAGGGCAGAUUUACUGUUCAAAAACCUGCAGCUUGGGAGAGGAUGUUCAUGCCUCCGACUCUUCCGAUUCUGCAUUUCAGUCUGCUCGAUCUAGAGAUUCCAGGAGGAGCGUUCGCAUGGGAAAAAGCAGCCGGUCAGCUGACCAGUGCCGCCAGUCUCUCCUCCUCUCACCAGCCCUCAAUUACAAAUUUCCUGGCCUUUCAGGCAAUGCUGACGAUACUCUUUCUCGUAAGCUGGAUGACUUAAGCCUUUCAAGGGAAGAGGCAAGCUUUGUUAACGAAGACUUCUGGAAAGGAAGAGUAGAGCAGGAAAUGCCUGAAGACCCUGAAGAAUGGGCUGAACAUGAAGACUACAUGACUCAACUUCUUCUGAAGUUUGGUGAUAAAAGCCUCUUCCAGCAGCCUGCUGAAGUAGACAUUAGAUCAAGCGAACACUGGAUUUCUGACAGCAUGGUCAAGAGCAAGUUGGACUUGAAAAAAAAUAAUCCAAGCCUAGCAAGUAAGAAGUAUCAGUCAGACAUGUACUGGGCCCAGUCACAAGAUGGCUUGGGUGACUCUGCCUACGGCAGCCACCCAGGCCCUGCCAGCAGCAGGAAAAUCCAGGAGCUAGACAUGGAACAUGGGGCGUCAGGAUACAAACACGACCAAACUCCAUGGUAUGGAGGUUCACUUGAAUGUUUGUCUGACCUGAAACAGCAAGAGCAAAGUGUUCGAGACUCAAUGGAUUCUUUGGCUUUGUCUAACAUAACAGGGGCUUCAAUGGAUGGAGAAGGCAAGCCACGGCCAUCUCUCUACUCUUUGCAAACUUUCCAAGAACUGGAGGUAGAGGACUGUGAGAAGAUGAGCAACAUGGGAACUCUGAAUUCUUCAAUGCUCCACCGGAGCACAGAGUCCUUGAAGAGCCUGAGCUCAGAGUUGUGUCAGGAAAAGGUCUUGCCAGAGGAAAAGCCAGUGCAUAUGCCUGUACUGAGAAGAUCUAAAUCCCAGUCUAGACCGCAGCAAGUGAAGUUUUCGGAUGACGUUAUUGAUAAUGGAAGUUAUGAGAAUGUUGAAAUACGUCAGCCUCCAAUGAGUGAAAGGACACGUAGGCGCGUUUACCAUUUUGAAGAGCGUGGAAAUCGGCCUUCUCAUCAUCGUAGAAGAAGUAGGAAGUCUCGUUCAGAUAAUGCACUUAACUUGGCCACAGAAAGAAGAUGCUCUCCAAGAGAGAGAUUUCGUUAUUACUCCCCUCAGGAUCAUGAAAAAUUUAUUCAGAAUAGAAGCUCACGUGAGAUUCGGGCAUAUAUUCAAAAUGCGGAGCUGUAUGGACAAUAUGCCCAUACUAGGUCUGAUUAUGCACUGCGGAAUCAGGUGGUUGAUAAAUUUUUUGGAUUGUAUGGUGAGGAAGAUGACUCCUGGUGUUCAACUUCAUCCUCGUCAUCUGAUUCUGAAGAGGAAGGAUAUUUUCUAGGACAGCCAAUUCCACAGCCACGAUCACUGAGAUAUCCGUACUAUACAGAUGACCUUUCUGGGCCAACUACUGCGUUAUCUAGUUCUCAGUUUGGACAAAGGACAACCAAAUCAAAGAAGAAGAGGGGACACAAAGGAAAAAAUUGCAUCAUUUCUUAAUUUGUUUUUAACAGUUGGGAAGACCAGUCAACUCUGUAGCUCCAGUCUGAACCACAUCUUUUUAUAUUAAUAAUUGUACUUAGGCAAGUUGCUAAGGUUCUUAAUGCUUUGCCAGUGUAAAUGAUAAACCUGCCAGAGUUUACAUUGUACAAGUAACAUUCAGAAAUGUCACCAUGCCGAAUGAUGAUCUGCUCAGAUAUUGCUAGGUUUACAUAAUAUGUUUCAGCUGUCAAAAUACUGUUAUUGCAGUUCUCAGUACAGAUGUUUUGUAGACAUCUUAUUUUAUGCUCGCUAUUCACCUAUGUUGAAUUAUCUGAGAGAAGGGAUUCAACAAAGAUCAAUAAAUACAAUUGUCAGUCCUGUGCUGUAGCUAUACCCACGCAGGGUGAUCUUUGACUUUUUCCUCUUAACCACCAAGAAAAAGAAGGCUCUGUACUGUGCCCUUUCUUCAUUGAUAAAGCUCGCUCUUCCUCCUUGAAGUUUCCUUACAAAAACUGGAAUUUUUUUUUUUAUUUGGGAAAAUGCUUCUUUUCCAAAGAGUCCACUAUUAAGGAGGCAAAAAUCAGAAUGUGGGAACUGAAAUGCUUGAGGCCUUGAUGUAUCCUAAAGCAGCAGUAAAUGGUUUAUGUUUAACUUUCAUGUUUUCCCUUCCGCAGCUUUUUAAGAAUGCCAUCCCUUUGUAAGGGUUGGGGGUUUUUUGUGCCUGUUUAAAGGAAGAUAUUAAUUCAGCUGCUGGAAUUGGAUUUAGCUGCCAAUGAGCGAUGAUGGGUUUUAGGCCGUGCCCCCCACCCCCCAGCAGUGAAGAGAGAGAGGUACAACUGCUGGAGUCCUUUGCUCAGGCAUGUAACCCCAUUUAAGUCAAUGAAUCUACUUACGUAACAAAUACUUUCAUAAGGGCUUAAAGGAUUAGGCUCCAGAAUUGUGUCUUUUCAAAUGCAUUAUCCAGGUUUUAAAAUGUAUUAGCUGCAAUUCUAAAUCAAAAAACAUUGAUAUUUAUAAUGUAGUAUUUCAUAGGCUUAAAUGUAUUCAUAAUUUAACAGUGCAAAUACUAAUGUACAUAUUGUACAGUUAAAAUUUUAAAAGCUGAAUAUUUUUAUAUCCCUGAAUUUGAAGAAGUUUGUUACAAUAUCAAACUAGAUUUGUUAGGGAUUUAACAGCAGCAUUAUGGAUGAAAUAUUGCUUGUAUUUUAGUCAGGGGUUUUAAGUUGAAAAAUAUUGAAAAAUGUUUAGUGCAAAACAGCUUAAUUUUGUCUACUAGGUAUUAAAAGCUCUGUAUGCAUGGUGGGGCUAUGUAAAUACUCUCUACACUAUGGCCCUCUUAAUCUUGCAAGUGUUAUUUAUGGGUCAAGCAAAAUGUAAACUAUAUAAAUGUAAAAACCACACAAGCCUGGAAUAUAUCAGUACAACAAAUAUGCAA